AUGGACUCUGUAUCGACGCCCCGUAUUUCCGCUAAUAUGCUCGAGGCCUAUGUCGGCCAAAAUGUCAUCAUCGUUGGCAAGGUCAUGCAGCUCCGCGGCGAGUCUGCACUCCUCGACGCCAACGGCCAAGUCAAUGCUAUUCUUAACCUUGAAUCGCAUCUCAUGGCUGGUAACGCCGCCCAGAUAAUCGGUAAAGUGCUCGACGACUUGUCCGUUAAGGUCUACAAUGCAAAGGAUUUGGGCAGCAACGUUGACUACCAAGUUGCCCAGAGCGUCGUCGACAUCACGCAGCAAUACAAACACCUGUUUGUCUUUGAGAAUACCGGCGGCAUGAACUGA